AAAUAUUCACCAGUACCAUUGUACCAACAACAAAGCACUUUAGUUCCCCUCCAACAACACAAAAUUUCUAUCCACAAAGAGAGCCAAACAGAAAUGGAAAACUCCAUUGGCAGAACUCUCCAAUACUACCUAGUCUCCCACCCUAAAAUCCUAAACUUCACAUGGAACCCUCCCCACACCCCAUUCUCCUCCCUCCAAUUCCUCUCUCUUUCCAUCCUCUUGUAUCUCUCCCUCACUCUCCUUCUCCUCCUCCCUCUCCCCCCUCUCCCACCUCCCAUCCUCAAACCCUUCACCGCCUUCCACAACCUCACUCUCUCCCUCCUCUCCCUCACAAUGGCCAUCGCCACCUCCCUCACCAUCCUCACUCACCCCCCCUCCCUCCGCUCCACCAUCUGCUUCCCUCCCAACACCCCUCCCACCGGCCCCCUCUUCUUCUGGGCCUACAUCUUCUACCUCUCCAAAUUCCUCGAAUUCAUUGACACUCUCUUCAUCAUCCUCUCCAGAUCCAUCAAACGCCUCUCCUUCCUCCAUGUCUACCAUCACUCCACCGUCCCUAUCAUGUGCUACCUAUGGCUCAACUCCUCCCAGUCACUCUUCCCAAUCGCACUUCUAACUAACUCCUCCGUACAUGUCAUCAUGUAUUCUUACUACUUCCUCACCGCCGUCGGGAUUCGACCGCCGUGGAAGCGCGCCGUCACGGAUUGUCAGAUUGUUCAGUUUGUGUUCAGCUUUGCCGUCUCCGGUGUCAUGCUUUAUUAUCAUUUCUAUGAAGGUGGAUGCUCCGGGAUGAUGGCUUGGUGCUUCAAUGCUGUUUUCAAUGCUUCACUUUUGGCUCUUUUUCUUAAUUUUCAUCUCAAGAGUUAUGCUAAUGCCAAGAAGACUAAAGAUUCGUGACAGCAUUUUUUUUUGUAGUUGUGGUUGUUCAUUUGUUGGUGUUAAGGAAUUGAAAUUGUUAGUUAUUUCAUUUUUCCAAUUUUGUUGUUCAACAACUAUAGUCAGUUUUCAUCACAAUAUUUACCUUGAAUUGUGACAUUUCAUGUAAAAUGUAUCAAUGUAAUAACAACAUUUUGGCAGAUCAGAAGCUAUAUAGAAUCUUAUCAAUGUAAUAACAACAUUUUGGCAAAAUUCAAUAAAA